AACGCAGGUGACCAUCGCAGUUAUAGACGAUGGAAUCGAGGCAAGUCAUCCUGAUUUGAAGGGCGUCGUCAUCGAGGGCUACAACGUCGUUGAUAAAAAUAGUAAUACCAGUCCUCGAGGACCGCAUGGAACCCUUAUGGCUGGCGUCAUUGGCGCUAUCAGAAAUAACAGGAUCGGUAUAGCGGGUAUUCUGAA